UGCAUCGCGUAGGAUGUCGGGCCGCGGCAAGACAGGCGGCAAGGCCCGCGCCAAAGCCAAGUCGCGCUCGUCUCGCGCCGGCCUCCAGUUCCCCGUGGGCCGCGUACACCGGCUGCUGCGGGAGGGCCACUACGCCGAGCGGGUGGGCGCCGGUGCGCCGGUGUACUUGGCGGCGGUGCUCGAGUACCUCACCGCCGAGAUCCUGGAGCUGGCGGGCAAUGCAGCCCGCGACAACAAGAAGACGCGGAUCAUCCCCCGCCACCUGCAGCUGGCCAUCCGCAACGAUGAAGAGCUCAACAAGCUGCUGGGCGGCGUGACGAUCGCCCAGGGAGGCGUCCUGCCCAACAUCCAGGCCGUGCUGCUGCCCAAGAAGACCAGCGCCACCGUGGGGCCGAAGGCCCCCUCUGGCGGCAAGAAGGCCACCCAGGCCUCCCAGGAGUAUUGAGGAGCGUUCGCUCUCCGGCCGGCCGCCCCGGCCCCCCCAUGCCACCACAAAGGCCCUUUUAAGGGCCACCGCCGCCCUCACGGAAAGAGCUGAGCCACACGGGGCUGCGGGGCCGGCAGGCCGCGGCUCUCUCCUUCCCUCGCGCGUCCCCGCAACCGCUCGGCCUCCCGUCCCCGGCCUACCGCUCCCGCACGGCCAUCCGCGUCGGCCUCCGGCUGGGGCCGCGGCGCUCGCGGGCUUCGCUCCCUGACCUUUACCCGAACGAUCGCAGGCCGGUCGCCCUCACGGCGCGGGGGCCGUCCGGACGCGGCUCCGGCCCCCCUCCCGGGGGGGGGGGCUUCCUGACGCGGAGGGCCCCGAGACUGCUGGGGGUGGCUGGCGGCGCAGCACCAGCCCUUCUCGGUGCUCGUGACUCAGCCGCUCCAUCCUCAGAAUCGCUGAUGGACUGCGGGGAGGCCUCAGCACCCGCUGGAGGACUUGGUUUUCCGCUCUGACGUAGGGCUGAGACGGGUGGCCGAGGCCAAGAGGCCGGUGGCCCUGAAGGUGAGUCCCUCAGCUGCAGCCAGGCCGUCUGUUCCUUCUUCAGCUUGGUCCUUAGCCCAGGACUUGAAACAUGUGACUUGAUUUCCAGGCUUUGGUGGGGAGAAUUGGCGCCCUCUUUUGCUGCCAAGUCCCAGGCCUUUCCUACCAGAUCUCCCUCCACCUUCGCUCAUAGGCCUGUGUGGUGUGGCCAGGACAACACUGGCAAUGUGAACGCCUCUCUUCCCAAGAUGACUGCCUCCUGGGAAGACCUUUGGAAAGGGCAGAGGUCUGCAGUUUGACUUCAGGGCUGGCAGCGUGGACAGCAGUUGUGUUGUGGCUGAAAGAAGUUGGCAGCCAGGCCUGUCGGGCCUACCCGCUCUGCCCCAUUUCCCUUCCAGCAAUUCAUCCAGCAAUCCAAGCACCUAGAUACCAGCACAAGUCAGUUAAUCCCUGUCUGGACUGAGCCGCUGUUGGAUUCUGAACUGGAAUUUUGCAGCUAACCCAUCCAAGACUAGAACCUUAGGUACUGGGGAGUUUUAGAUGGACUAAUUUUAUUAAAAGAUUUUUUA